AUGGCAUCUCAAUCUCAAUCUCCGACUCAACCCCCGCCAAUAGCCGCCGAGAACGGAGCUCCAAACGUCACUGCAGCCUCAGCCUACCGGCCAAGAUACAUAGAUAUCGGAAUCAACCUCGCCGAUCCCAUAUUCCGGGGCGUUUACAACGGCAAGCAAAGGCACGAUGACGACCUCAGCGGCCUGGUAGACCGAGCCAGGCAGGUCGGCUGCACCAAACUCAUCGUCACGGGGUCCAGCUUUAAGACCUCGAGAGACGCCCUCGCGCUCGCCAAGGACUACCCAGGCACCGUCUACAGCACCGCAGGGAUCCACCCGUGCUCCUCCUCGAUAUUCGACCAGGCGCACCCAUACUCCCACGAGGAGGACGGCGACGGCGAGCACACGCCCGCCUGCGGCCCGGACCCGGACAAGCCCAUCCUGGACGAAGACCUCGCCGUCGACCACGAGAAGACCGAGACCAUCAUCUCAGACCUCCGGCGCCUGGUCGAGGACGCCCGGGCCCCGGGGCCGCAGCAGCAGCUCGUCGCCUUCGGCGAGUUCGGCCUGGACUACGACCGGCUGCACUACUGCGCGAGGUCGCUGCAGCUGCACUCGUUCCAGGCCCAGCUCUCGCUGGCCGCCUCGCUGAGCCCGCAGCUCCCGCUAUUCCUCCACAGCCGCGCGGCGCAUGGCGACUUCGUCGCGUGCCUUAAGGUCGCGUUCGGCGAGAGGCUGGAGAGGCUGGACAAAGGCGGCGUGGUGCACAGCUUCACGGGCACCAUAGAGGAGAUGAGCGAGCUGAUGGACUUGGGCCUCUACAUCGGCCUGAACGGGUGUAGCUUCAAGACCGCGGAGAACUGUGAGGUUGUCCGCGCCGUCCGGCUGGACAGGCUGAUGAUCGAGACGGACGGGCCGUGGUGUGAGGUGCGGCCGAGCCACGAGGGGUGGAAAUACCUUGUUGAGAUAGACAAGAAGGAGAUGGCCGCGGCUGAGGCACCAGCGCCGGCCCUUCCUCCCGCGGAGAACGGGGAGGCGGCGCCCCCAGCGGUAAAGCAGCCGCCCAAGAAGCAGCAGUCAACCAAAAAGCCACAGAAAAAGGAGUCAGAGGUCAUUGAGAGGUUCAAGACGGUCAAGAAGGAGAAGUGGGUCGAGGGUGCGAUGGUCAAGGGCCGCAACGAACCUUGCAUGAUAGAGAGGGUGGCCAAAGUUGUGGCCGGCAUCAAGGAAGUCUCGGUCGAGGAGGUAUGCGAAGCUGCAUGGCGAAAUACGGUCAAGGUGUUCGAUAUAGAAGAAUCGUAG